GUCAAAAUGGUUCAUAAUCAUCGACAUAGACUAAUGAUAGAUCUCAUUCGUAGAACUUAGUCACGAUAAAGAUUUUUUUUUUUUUAAUUUAUUUUCCACGACGUUUUAUAAUGGUGCCCCUUUUUCUGUUAGAUUCAAGUGGUAAGUAGUAUUAAAUUAAGAGUCAAUAAAUAAAUUAAAUAGUAAGUCGGCUAUUCAAAAUGAAAUAUUAAUAAUAUUUUUUUUAAUAUAAAUUUCAAUUAACUUGUGCACUUGGCCUUGUAGGUAGCGGUAGAGUUAUUCAGACGAAUGCGUCUGCUUAUUGAGUCCAUGGUCCAUCGUCAGUGACCUCGUUUAAUCAAGUAAGUGGAUAUCUUGUUUUUAGUAGUUAGUAGCCUAAAGUUUUAAGUAUAAGUAGGCCUAUACUAUAUGUUAUAUGUAAGUUAUAGUUAUAGGCUACUAGUACUAGACUACUUGAGUAGGCUAGUCUAAGGUUUAGAAAAAUAAAAGUUUAUUUAUAAUGAAGCCUUACAACUAGUAAUAAAUUAUAAAUAACUAGUAGGCCUACUACUCUUAUUAAGUUUAAGUUAUUAAGUUGGUUUAAAAAAUUAUAAGACUUAUACUUAGGCUUAUUAGGACACUUAAAUUGAACCAUACUCAUCAUAGUCAUAGUCAUAGGCUUAGGCCAUGCCUAUGCCUAAAUUUAUAUUUUUAUAUACUUACAUAUAAAGGCCUACCACUAGACCUAUCCACUAUCACAACUAUGUUUAAAUUUAAAAAUUAUUAGAAGGCUUGAGGCUGAGGCAUGGGAUUGCAUAAAUUUAUUGUAAGAAGUUAUUUUGUGUUUUAAAGACCAUUUUAAUUUCAUCAUAUUUCAUGUCUUCACUUUUACUUGACUCAUGAUAAAACAUGAGUUUCUUGCUCUCAAAUAAUCAUGAUAAAUGAUAAUGAGAUAUGUUACAUUAUAUGUAAUUUUUCUAAAAAAAUAAAAUAAAUGUUAUGGCAUGGAGGUGAAAAAAGAGAGUGGGAUAAAAUAGAAGUUUGAGGUAGGUUCAAAUUUUGGCUUAAAAUAUUUUAAAAAAAUUAAUACAAAGGAGUAAAGUGGUUGUAAAUCAUUUCAGUAAAUGCAUGAAAACUUUAGAUGCUUUUACUAUUAUUAGAUUGUGCUAGUUAAGUCUAAGAAUAGCCUAAUCUCUUUUCUUUCAUUUUUUACAGAUAUUUCUUUGUAGUUGUUUUUUUAUUUUCUGCUAAAUAAGACAACAUAUCAGAAAAGGGGCAUCCCAAUGCUGCAAUUGUCACUUUACUGCUCAGUCACCUUUUACCUUCUUCAUUUAUAACAACAAAUCCCAAUUUUUUUUUAUCUACCUUGAAAAUAUAGGCUACAUACAUUAAUGAAAUUAUCUUAAAAAUGCAUACUGAGACAUGAGCACUUUCCCUGAAAACCUAAUUUUUAUCUAUAGUCCUAGAUAGUUACUCUUAAAUAAAUAAGGUAGACCAACAUUUUAAAUUAAAAUUAACACAUAUACUUUGAGCUAUUAUUUUUUGUUAAACUUAUUCAGUUUGUAUUUCAAUUUCUAAACAAAAGUGACAUAAUUAUUAUUAUUCGGAAAUUUGUAGUCUUAAAUAAUCUAGUCUUAAUUGGCAUAAAUUAUAUAUAUGAUAUAACAUGGAGAAAAUAAAUAUGACUUGAAAACCUAGCCUUUUCUCAGCAGAUCUAAUUUUGAAAGCUAAACAUUAUUGUAUUAUUUCAUUUUCAAGAAACAUAUCAAGAAUGGAUAACAAUGAUAAUCCUCCAAAUGCAGGGAGGCAUGGGAGACAACCUCAGGCAGGAUUAAGGUAAAAUAAUACAUUUAUUUGAUAGCUUAAGGGGCCGUCCAUAAAGUAUGUCACACUUUUUUUGAACAUUUUUACCCCCCCCCCCUUCCACCCUGUCACAAAUCUCGGACUUCCCUCCCCCAAAGUACGCCACACUUUCGAACAAAUUUUAAAAAAAAUUAACACCUAAUUAAAAUUUAAUCUAAAACACACUUUUUUUGAACAUUUUUCCCCCCCCCCCCUUCCACCCUGUCACAAAUCUCGGACUUCCCUCCCCCAAAGUACGCCACACUUUCGAACAAAUUUUAAAAAAAAUUAACACCUAAUUAAAAUUUAAUCUAAAACACACUUCAUUAGUAAACUGUAUUAAAAUAUAAAAUUUCCACUUAAAAAAACUAUCACAUUAUUAAAAUUACUUUAAUAGUAGAAUAGUUACUAGCGCUCCUAGCGAGAGGAAUCAUGAACAACAUAUUCAGGAGAUACGCAUUUCAUGCUAUUUUGACAUAAGACUAAUUCAAAUGUUUCACAAAAUUUUUGAAAAUUACUUUUAAAGCUAUUAAAUUCUACUAAAAAAAUAAAAAAUAAAUUAGAAAUAAAAUUUUAAAAAAUAAAUGUGUGACGUCCACAUGGCCUGACGCCCCCUCCACCCUGUCACAAACUGUCACACUUUCUUACACCCCCUCCCCCUCUGGAGCGUGACGUACUUUAUGGACGGCCCCUAAUAAAAAUCAAGUUUUCUUUUAGUUAUACAUAGGCUACGUCUAUCUUGAUAACUUUUAAAACAAAAAUGCAUUUAAUAAAUCAGAAAUACAAGACUUUUUACAGAGCUAGAAUGACUCCUACUUCAUGUUUAAAAUGUCCAUAUCCAUUGUUACCUUUGCUGUAUUGUAACAAAAAAUAUCAACUUCAAUAUUAAGAUUUGGAUUAAAUAAGAUUGACUUUAAAAAAGGUAGUAUGGACAUUAUAGUCUUGAAAAUAGGACUAAAAAGGGAGCCUUAUCUAAAAUAAUAUAAACCUUAUUCAGACAUACUAAUUCAAAUGCCUACAUAAAAUCUCAAUUUAUGAAAUAAUUAAUUUUAAUGUUAGGCAUGCAGAAUUGUUUUUGGGGUGAUUGCCAAAAGGUGUGCAAUCCAACGGUUUUUGACAAUGUUGACCAUUGAAAAGUUUCUCUUUAAAAAGUCAAAGUCAUUUAUAAGAUUGGUUUGAAGUUUUUAACUUUAUUAAAAUGAUCAUGAAAUAAAAUUUGCAUGUAAAUUUUUUGUAAAAUUUUUUAUCGCAAACAAGAAUUUUAAUACAUUGUGGAAAUUUACAAGUAGGUAUAUAGUAACUGCAUCUUUCCUAAAUUUCGUACAAACUUAAUAUUAGACAUUCUAGAAAACCUACUUAACCAAUGUAGUUGCUGACACAUAUCAUAAAAUCUUUUUAAAAAUGUUUUGAUAAUGCAUGAUAUUCAUCAUAAGAAAUAAAUGUGAUUCAUAACAUUGAAUGUGUUAUAUAUUAAAAUUAAUUUUCAUCCAACCUGUAUUAAAUUUUUUUUUUUUAUAGGCAGACUGGACGUCUCCUCACAUCAAAUGAGAUGGAGAUUAUGUUACUAGAAAAGACACCAGCUGAAGUCUUGACACGGAUUUCAACAGCUGAUGGCAGCUUUGAAAAACUCCUUAAAGAAAAGGAAAAUGAUAUGAAGUAUGUCCGGUUAAUGGUCAGAGUUAUAGGUUUUGCCCUUGGUGAUACAAGACGGGCCCAGGAGCAGGCAGUAGUUGAUCUCGUUAAAAUGAUUAUAGACAAUUCUUCCUUUCAUGAGAAAAUACUGUACAGCCUGCAAGGAAAGCAAACAUUUGAUGAAAAAUAUGUCAAAGCAAUUUUGGUCAUAUUAAAAUCUACUUUAGAAAGAAUACCAAAUGUGGCAGCCAAAGAGUUAUCCUUACUUUUCAUGACCCUUGAACGUAUCAUUGAUACAAAGUAUGAACAUUUGAUAGAUGAAAAAGAUGAAGUGAAAGAAUUGAUAUAUAGGCCUAUGAAAUUUGAGGAUGAUGACCAGGACAAAGAACAGGAAACAUUGCUGCAAGACCAAGAUGUUGAUCCUAACCUCUUUCGAGGGCUCAGCGUAAUUCCAACUGCUGCAGACUUUGACCCAACACAAGAUAUUGUUCUGCGUGCUAACAAGAUUAAAGGUCGCUAUGAAAACAUAAAUGACUAUCUAGACAUACAGGUAAAAUUGAAUUACCAAAUAGGUAAAUAGCAUGAUAAGAAUCUAGUAAGCUAAAAAAAUAUGUGCUUUAUUAUUUUGUUUCAUUUCAUAAAAUUAAGUAUUUUUAAAAAUAUAAUGUUAAUUACACCACAAAUUUAAAUAUAAGGACAUGUACUAAGAGUUUUGGAUUGUACUAAAACCAAGUAGAUUAUAUUGUUUUUUAGAUUUUGUCUUUUAGCUUUAUUUCUUCAUCAAUUUCAGUUCCGACUAUUAAGAGCUGAUCUCUUAAUUCCUCUUAGAGAAAAUAUUCACAAAUUCCUUGAUGGGGACAAAAAACAUGCUGUCAGAGCAUAUGCUCAAGUGAGUCUCAAAUAAUAUAAGGCCAGCCCCCCAAUAUCCUGUUUUUUUUUUUUAAUUUGCAUUUGUUUUAGAUCUUAAUUUUUUUUUAUAUUUUGGUCUGUAGAUUGUAUUUAAAAAAAAAUAAAUGAUCUUUUAUAAAUAUGAAACAUUUCUAUCAUUUAAAUUAAAUAAUUGUUGUUUGUUUUGUAAUUUUAAAGAACCAACCAUAGCUUUCAAUUAUGAAUAUUAUUUUUUUACUCAGCUGUAAAACAAACAAAAAUUGAUUUUUUUGGUAACUUUCUUUGUAAGAACAAGGAUAAUGAAUUUUGCAACUUAAAUUUGCAAAUUUAGCUGGUUCCAACUUUAAAGUCAUUGUUUAAACCUGCGAUUGAAUUUAAUUUGUAUUGCAGUUAUUUAUGUGUUAAUUACCAACUAAGAAAUAUCUGUUCACAGGUUAGAAUCGUUAGACCAAUUUGCCACGACAAGGGCCUCUGCUUUCGUUUAUCAUUUGAUGUCACAAAACAUAGACGAAUAAACUGGUCAGUUUCCCAAAGAUUAAAGUUUGGCUCCCUACUUUGCCUUUCAUCAGACAACUUCAACACUUACCGCACAGCUAUCGUGGAGAAUCGUGAUCCCAAAGAUCUGUCAAAAGGUUUAGUUGAUGUCCAAUUUAUAUUGAAUACACAAGGACCAAACAUGGAUGUUGAAGAGCUCAGGCAUUUCAUAGAAGAGGCCAGAGACCAAAGAUUUGUGAUGGUUGAGUCGCCUACAUAUUUCGAGGCGUAUAAAUAUGUUCUGCUUGGACUCCAACAUAUGACAGAGAAUAAUUUUCCAUUCUGGCAGUACAUAGGACAAUGUAUCAGACAAGUAAAUCCACCACAAUAUCUGGAAGAUGCUGACAAUCCUACAUAUGAUCUACGACCACUGGUGGACACAGAUUAUGUCAUCACUGAGAAUGAAGACCUGAGACCAGGGUUUAGUCCUGAAGCAGCUGCAGCUGAAGCUGUCAAGGUCCUGGAUCUUGAAUCCUGGCCCAAUCCUAACACAUUUGGUCUGGACACAUCACAAUUUGUCGCCUUGCAGUCUGCACUGACCGAAGAGUUCUCAAUCAUCCAAGGUCCGCCAGGAACAGGGAAAACCUUCAUCGGUCUCAUGCUGAUGAAAGCCUUGCUUCACAACAAGAAAUUGUGGGUGGGAAAUGAUGAAUCAAAACCAAUCCUGCUGGUGUGUUACACCAAUCAUGCCUUGGAUCAGUUCUUGGAAGGGAUCUUAAGUUUUUUUAAAGGACAAUUGGUUCGAGUUGGCUCUAGGAGUAAAAGUGAGAGACUGGAAGAAUAUAAUUUGAGAGGGCUGAGACACAGGGCUAGAGAAAAUCGAAGGGUACCUCUUGACAUACAUCUUGCAAAACAACAGACCAGAAUCAGGUUGAAUAAUCUUAAAGCUGAAAUUCACACCGAAGCUGCAAAACUUGAAAUUUUAGAAAGAGAAAUAGUCAAGGAGUCAUUUUUGAUUGAUUACAUUCAUCCUGAUCACUACAAAUCUUUAACUAAUAGAAAUAUAAAAGGAAGUAUCAUAACCCAAUGGCUGAAAAUUAACUUAGAUUUGGAGAAACUUGAAAAAAAAAGAAAUGCCAGAGCGCAGAACAGGAGGGGGCAAAUUCCUAACCCCAAUAGACCCGGUGGUGAAGCUGCAGGAGUGGAUGUAGAUGCUGAAGAUGAGGAGGACAUGGAUAUCAUCGAAGUCUUAAAUGCUGAUGCCCGUGGGGCUGAACAGCUCGAAGUUGAUAACGAUGACAUUGAUGAAAAUGAAGAUUUGUUCGCUGAGCUCCAAGAGAAUCUUGGAGAGGACUUUAUGGACAGCGUAAGAAAUGUCAACAAAAGACUGGACGAUGCUGAUAAAGAGGCUAUAAGAGUCAAGAUAGAGAACACAGCUUUCAACAUAAGUGAUUACGGGGAUGAAGACAUGCCUUUAGGUUUGGGUAAACGAGAGAAAGAACACUGGAGAAGUCUUGUUCCCAUUAAAAGGCACUACAGAGCAAUACUUUUGGGUCACCUUCAAAGAACCGAUAGAAUGACUGAAGAAGAAAUACGACGAGUUCCUGAUGUGUGGAGACUAAACCUGCACCAUCGAUGGAGACUUUAUCGUUAUUGGGUUGAUUUAUACUGUAGGAAAAUAAGAGAAGAAGUCAGUGAAAAAUCACAGCAGUACGAGCAAGUGGCCAGGAGAUACCAAGAGAUCCUGCACCAGGAAGAUAAAGUGAUCCUGGAAAAAGCCACAGUUGUUGGUAUGACCACCACAGCAGCAGCCAGAUAUCAAGGCAUUUUACGGGAAAUCGGGCCCAAAAUUGUCAUUGUAGAGGAAGCUGCUGAAGUGUUGGAGGGUCAUGUGAUCACCUCCCUUACUGACCAGUGUCAACACGUUGUUCUCAUUGGUGAUCACAAACAGCUGCGGCCAAAUCCUUCAGUUUUCAAGUUGAAAAAAGAUUAUCAUAUUGACAUUUCUCUUUUUGAAAGACUUGUGAUGAAUGACUUUCCAUUAGCCUGCCUUAGAGAGCAGCAUCGUAUGCGUCCAGAAAUGACAAAAUUGCUUCGCCUUCCUGAUUUGUAUCCAGACCUCAAGGAUCACGAAAUAGUUCAAAAAUAUCCCCAUAUUUUGAGGGUUAGAGGUGACGUGUGCUUCAUACAGCAUUGUGUCAAAGAUGAACAAGAAAACGACUCCAGGACUUUCAGCAACCAGUACGAAGCCAUGUUCCUGAUUGGUUUGUGUGAGUAUCUGCUACAGCAGGGCUACACAGCCAAACAAAUCACCAUCCUUUCACCCUAUGCCGGACAGAUUCACCUUAUAAAAACUCUGCUGGAGAGAUUGCCCAGGUCCCAAAGUACAGUCAGGAAGAUGAAAGGCCUGAAGAUUUCAUCUGUUGAUAAUUAUCAAGGAGAAGAAAAUGACAUUAUUUUGUUGUCACUUGUCAGAAGUAAUGAAGCCAAUGAAAUCGGUUUUCUCAAAGCAAACAACAGAAUUUGCGUGGCACUUUCUCGUGCAAAAAUGGGACUGUACGUCAUUGGAAAUUUUGCAGGGCUUUCAGAAAAAAGCGAUUUGAUUCGAGAGAUCACAAGAGAGGCUAAACAUCUUGGAUAUCUUAGUGAUCAUCUGGUUCUCACCUGCCUGCGUCAUAAAGGCAAAGAAACUAUAAUAAGAGAGCCUAGAGAUUUUAAGAACGUUCCAGAAGGAGGAUGUGUGCAAGUAUGUGCCAUUCGGCUGGACUGUGGUCACAGCUGCAAAAGAAUCUGCCAUGCAGAUGACCUUGAUCACAAAAAUGCCAUGUGUAGCCAGAAGUGCCAAAAGGUCUGUGAUAAGUGCAACCAGUACUGUAACGGAAACCAUAAGUGCAGUCAGCAUGAUGGCUGCCAACGGCUGAUGAGAAAGAGGAUACCAAUAUGUGGGCAUUUUCAAAAUGUUCCAUGCGGUAUGGAGGCCAAUCAGUUUGAGUGUCAGGAUCCUUGCCAAAGGAUUUUGCCUUGUGGCCACCCUUGCUCAGACAAAUGUGGGAGAAGACACGCCCACACUGAGGAUAUGUGCAAACACACAACUGAGGUAACAAGAGAAAGAUGUUGUUUCUUAAGAAAUAAAGAAAUGUGUCCUUCUGUUAAUUAUAACAUUUAAAUUAUUAUUUAUUAAAAAAUAAUUUGACAUCACUUAUUUUAAGACAUAGCAUCCUAUUUACCAAUCUUAACUUAUCUUUAGGUGACCCCCAAAUCUUGUGGUCAUCCUAAAUUCAGGAUCGAAUGCUGGAAGACAACAGAAGAGGAGUAUUUCCUUUGUCCAGAACCUUGUAAUGUAGAGCUCGAAUGCGGGCACCUCUGCCUGGGCUCAUGUGGUAAAUGUUGUGGGGGCCGUCUGCACAUUAACUGUCAACAAAAGUGCAAAAAGAUUUUGAUCUGCGGACAUGAAUGUAGAGACACCUGCAACAGUUGUCCCCCUUGCACGUACGUAAAAUUUUUUACGACAGGCAUUAUUCCCUAAGUUGGAAAAAAUAACAUGUAGGCGAUCACUAAUCUCAUUUUAAAAAUGUUUAAAAGUAAAAUGCUUCUUUUGUGCCGGUAAUAAUUUGACUCAAGCUAGCGCAUAAUCCCUAUCUUGUUGAAAAUUUUAGAUAUCCAGUUUAACAUUUAAUUGAAUCUCAUACACAAACAGACUGAACAGUUUUAUAAACAAAUAACAUGAAAUCUGAUCUACUGAGAUGUCAUGGGCUUGCUUGCUAAAAAAUAACAAUGUUUUUUUUAUUUGUCUUUAUGAUAAUCUUAGGGCAAUUAAUUUAACUUGCUACUGAUCUCAUUAGUUUUAAUAAAAAUAUCCUUCCUAUGUAACAAAACAUGUUGUCACACAAUCAGUUUGCCAUGUGAGGUUGCUUGCAAUCACUCAUGUUGUCCAAGACAGUGUGGGGCGAUAUGUACCCCAUGCAUGGAGCUCUGCUCUUGGGAAUGCAGGCAUCACGAGUGUGUUGAACUGUGCUCAAGACCCUGCAGGAGACCUCCAUGUGAUCUGCCUUGUCGUGAACGGUUAAGGUGUGGUCAUAAUUGCUGUGGUUUGUGUGGAGAAAAGUGUCCAAGGCUAUGUACUAUUUGUGACAAAGAGGUGAGUUAAAGCAUGUGCCACAAUUGAAAUUGCGCCAUCAGUUUUUAGAUUCAUUCUUAAAAUUUUUUCAAAUUCUGAUGUACAAAUUCAGAAUAAUUUGUUAGAGCUUUUAUUCUGUUGAGUACAUUGCUAUUAAAACAUCUCAAGAACAUGAAAGGGAAUCAGUGUAGAUUAUAGAUGAAUGAACAUGUAAAAGAAUUUAGCCGGGGAACAUAACAAAUGAAACAAACAUAAUUUCCCCUUAACUAUCAGUUUAAAAAAAAAUUAAGUCAGUCGCUUAAAAAUAUACCUCCUAAAUUUAAAAAAAAAUAUAAACUGAAAAUGCAUUGGAGAUGUAGCUUGUAGCUUUUGUAAAAUAAAACAUUUUACACAGUUUCUAGCUACAUUUAACUGUUUACAUCAUACAUUAUACAUACAUACAGAUCAAAAUGUUUAAGCUCUAUAUUUGUAAAUAGGAACUCAUGGAGACCAGCCUCUAUGGCUAUGAUGGAGAUCCAACCACUCUGUUCAUUGAACUUGACUGUGGGCACGUCCUGGAGGUUGACUUUGUUGACCAGUGGAUGACCACUUCUACCGGAACCAAUGAGGAUUCAGAUCAGCAAGCCAUUGGCAUAAAGACAUGUCCACUUUGUAAGACAGCAAUCCGAAAAUGCACUCGCUAUGGUCAACAAAUUAAAGUGAGGACUGAAUUAAAUGUUUUAUUCUUAUUUUAUAUGAGUAUUUAAUGACGGAAAAGUUAGAAACCAAAACAAUUUUCAUUACCAUUAUAUUUGAUAAUAGCAAAAUAUUAAAAUUACAAUUUCAUGACAUACAGGAUUGUGAAAAAAAAAAUCAAAGACUUAUCUAGAUGAACUAUUAUUGGGUUAACUGUUAUAAUCUAGAGAAGCAUUCCCCAAAUGAUGGUCCGCAGAACUGCACUGGCGGCUAGCCUUAAAUGGCCAGUCCCCUCAACAUGAAUAUUUGUUCAUCAAAUAAAAAUAAAAUAUCAUUAAUAAAUCUGGCAAGGGUGCUGGUGAAAUUUAAAAACUUGUCUACCAGUCUUUCAAACUUAAAAGUUUGGGACGCGCUGAUCUAGAAAACUGUGUACAUUUUUAAAAAAAAAAUUGUGCAAGAAGCAGGAUAGAAAAUAUGUUGAGUGAAGAAUUACUUCAGGGUGCUUAACCUAGGCUUCUCAGACCAUUUGGUGUAACUUCAGCUAUGCUUAAUGGGUCAUUAAAUGAAGGAAAAAUCCUAACUAAACUAUAACUAUUUACAGGUUCAUCUGGUUUACUAGAAUACAAUCAAGGAUUCAUGAAAUUAACAAACUCUUCUGUGACUCUGAAAUGUAGGGCCAAUGAGCAGCAAUCAAAUAUGAAAAAUAAGUGUUUACUCCUAUUUAACUUUAUGCAUUUGAGAGUGAAAUGUAUCAUGUAAAUUUAUUAAUUUAUUCAAAUGUAAAAUACAUUUAGUCAUGGUAGUUUUUUAAUUUUUGCCCUUUUUCUUUUAAUAGAGCAUGCUGGAGCUCAUUGAAAAGGUCAAGCGGAAGUGUAUUGGAGAGAGGAAGCAUGAAAUGGAACUUCAACUCUUCCAAGCUAUCGCAAAAGCCAGGGGUCAAGAAAAAACUGAGAUUGACAGGUUUCUACAACAAGGUAGGCAUAUCAUUGUAAAAAUUGGUAUCUUGUAUUAUUUUUCUUCCUCUUCCUUUCUAUUACUCUUUAUUUAGUAUGUAGGUAAAAGUUAUAAAUUGGGUAAAAUUUAAUUUAAAUUCAUGUACUCAGUCAACAACUUAUGUAAGGCUUGUAUUUGCUCGAUUUAAUUAAAGCUUAACUACUCUUGUUAAGUAACUUACAAAAAAACAACUUUGUGUCUUUAAUCAUCCUCAAAAUAGCAUGCAAGAUGCAGUUUAACAUUAUGAAAAACCUAAACAUAAAUAAAUAAACAAAAAUUUCAAACACAAUCAUCGGGAUUCACAUUCAUAUGCAACCCUCACAGGCAAAGUAUUCAAAAUAAAUUAAGGAAUAUCAUUUUUAGAAACAGCCACAAAUAAAAUUUUAAUCACUGAGCCCAGUUUGAUAAAUUAUUGGUUUAUUACUAGGUUAUAAUGAGACAUUGUCAUUGAUACCCUUACACACCUAAAUCUCCUCCUGUAACACCAAAAUUAUUUAUUUCAUUAUUCACCAUCUUAUCUUAAAAGAAUCUCCAACUAAUUGAAAAAUCAGAAAGAACUACUUUAAUCGAGAGUGAUGGACUUUUUUCAUCAUCUUAACUCUGACAAGACAUUUUUUCAACAAUUGUUUUUGAAAACAACAGGAAAGUUCUUACCAAUAAAUAAUGGCAGUUAGUUUUAAAAUGUUAAUACCCUUUGCUGUAAACUAUUUAUAGACAGGAGAAUGGUCAUCUGGAUUAGGGUUCCCCAAACUUUUAAGUUUGGGUGACAAGUUUUGAAAUUUCAUCAGAGUAAUUAUUUUUUUUUCUUUUUAUCUGUCCAUAAACAUUAUUGAUGUGCAAAUGGCAAUGUAAGGCUUGUGGACCAGAGUACGUCCGUGAAGACCACUUUUGGGAAAUGCUGAUCUAGAUUAUCGGCCAGAACUGCAUCAAAAAAUCAGUGUGACAUUAAGCCACAUUUAACUUCUAGUUAAAAAGAAAUUUAAUUUCUAUACCCCAAGCAUCCUAUUUUCCUUGAGUAAAACUUAACACAUUUUUAUAUAUUAGGUUUUAUACAUAUUGAAAAUUACAUUUUUCAACAUCACUCAGGUGACCAGGUGUUGUCAGAAAUUAUUCUAGAGGCUCAGCUCACCCAAGUGAACAUGUUCCAUGAGAUAUUUGCAUUGAAGCGAGUGGCAGAAGAAUGCGCAGGCAGGUCGGAAAAUCCACCCGCAAUCUUCAGGCCAAUCCUUACAGACUUGAAUCAUUUCUCAGAGUGGAUUCUACAGAGAAGAGCAAUUUUCUCAGAGCAGAAUAAGCAGGAUGCAGAGGAUGAGAUUGACAGGUUAGGUCUUCUGAUAGAUCUACAGAAAAUUGAGAUGAACGCAACCAUACGGGGUAUUUGUAACACAGUACUUGCGCCAUACCUUGACAAAAUGGAACGAUGCAGAAAGUAAGUACACUGCUUUUUAAGAACCAAUGACUAAUUAUUUUAUAAAAACUUAAUAUUGAAAUAAUAAUUUUAUACAAAUUAUUUGACUUUUAAUUUAUUUUAAUUUCAAAGAGUUAACUGUUGAUGAAGUGUAGCAAGCAGUAGUAAGCAACAGUAGUAGGCAGUAGUAGUGCAUUUAUCAAAAAUGGAUAAUACAAAGGGAGAUACAAUCAAUUGUAUGAUACAGAAAACUAAAAACUCAUGAAAAUCAAAGGGAUGUAAAUUUAAAGACUACUGGAAGUUAUCCCUUUUCCUUUUUUUUUUGGCAGAUUCCUUUUACGUUAUGGAAAAACUGGCAAGACAAUUAUUAAAGAAAGCAAAGCUUUAUGUGAAAGGCUGAGAGAGCUGGUCCCUGAUACACAGCUAGCUCUUAGUUAUGAGGAAAGGAUGACAAUAAUAAGGGCAGUGAAUGUCAGUGCAGGGGCAUGGUACUCAUGUCCAAAUGGUAAAAUAUAUUUAAAAUGGAGUUGUCCCACUAUUUAUUCUUGAAGUUCAAGUUUAUAAAUAGCAUCAUUGAGAUUGAAUUCUGUCAUUUCGGUUACUGUUUUUUUUUUCCCCAUUGAGUUUAUAAUAACGAAAACUCUUACUGCACACAUGUUUCAGUGUAGGUUUUUUAAGCCACAAUUUGUUUCUAGUGCUCUUGUUACAAAAUAACAGCAUAAUUCCAAGAGGUAUAUACUUUAUACUUAUUAUUUCAUAUUCAAUCAUUUUGACAAGUAGGAUUCUUUAGAGUUUUUUUAAGCACAAAAGUAUACUAUUUUAAAUUAUAAAUUUUCCCCCUUUAAAAAUAAAAUAAAAAAGAUAAAAUUGGCUUAUUUUUUUUCCCCUGACCAUUAACGUCAUUAAACACGAUGUUUAUUUAUUUCUUAUUAAGGACACAUUUAUGCCAUUGGUGAAUGUGGCCAAGCCAUGGAGGAGUCAAAAUGCCCCGAUUGCAAGGCGAAGAUUGGUGGAACCAAUCACAACCUACUACCAAAUAACACAUGGGCUCAGGAUAUGGAUGGUGCAGAAAAUCCAGUCUGGCGUAACGUCAAUGCGGACAGGGACCUGGCCGAGAGAAUUCAAAGACAACUCAAUGGAGGACUUUAGAGAUAACAUGUGACCAUAACGCAAAAUUAUAAUAUAUAUUACCAGGUAUUGCUGUGAUACUAUUACUCUAUUUAUCUGAAUGAGUAUCCAGAUUUUGAUGAUUUUCGUAUCAUUAUUUUGUGGCAUCUUGUUAAAGUUGCAGCCAUGUUUUAAAUGCAUUUCAGCAUUUGUAAAAGCAAGUUUAACUAAGGGAUUCAGUUCAGUGUGUCAAUUUUUAUAAGUUAGAGCAUUUGGUAGAAUUAUUUUAAAUUUUAAAUGACUUUUUGAUGGUUUUUAUUAAGCUUGUGCUCCUUUUUCUCCUUUAAAGUUUUUUAAUUUACUUGGGUGGGUGGCUUUGUUUAUGCCCUCCAUGAUUACAUUUGAUUCAUUUCUAAAGAUAAAAAAAUUAAUUUGUCAUUAUUAUCAAAUAUUGUUUAAAAAUGUUGUUUUUCUAUUUUUAUUUCAAUUCAUGAUGCUUCUGAAUAAAAUUGAUUAUUUCAAGUCAACAGAGCACCGUAAAAAGAAUUUUCUAUCAAUGCUUCUACUCCUACUACUAAAUGUAAUGGUAAUAAAGAAACUUUACUUUUUUCGUAUGCAUUUCAAAAAAGUCAUUGAAAACUAGACAUUGGAAAAAUGAUUAAAAAGUUAUUUUAAUGAAAGCCAAUCCUUCACUGCUAUUUUAAAAAUCAAAUAAGUUAUACAUAAUGAGAAUUUCAGUUGUAUACAAUGUCAUUGUCGGCUCUUGCUAAUGAAAGGUGUUGGUUGAUUAACUUCUAAAUUUUGAUCACAGAAGUAAGAACACUGUGAAGUUUAUUUACACUUUAAUAAGUCUUCCAGAUCAAAUUUAGCACUGAUCAUGGCUCCAUAGGGCAUGUAAGAAAAGAAUUGAUGCACUGCCUGACUUUCUAUUAAAACUGUUAAAAAAAGAUAAUUUAGGAAGCAAUUUACUGAUUUAGUGUUAAUCAAAUAGCUCUAUUGAAGAUCUACUGGCACUUGUAGCAGAGGUAGCCUCAUAAUAACAACAUAAUUUACAGUAUUGUUAUUUUUGUAUUGCCAUUUUGAUUUCAUUAAUUUUCAUUUUAUUCAACAC